AUGGGUAGUAUAUCCACUCUCCCUACAUCAAUCAAAGAGAUUAACCUGUCUAAAUUUUCAUCAGUCCAAAAUGCCCUCAAGUCAAAACACCAUAGGGUAAAGCAAAGCAUUAAGAUAGGAAAACCUACUGUACACGUUGCUGUCAAUUAUCGACUUGGUACUUUCGGCUAUAUCGGCUCUGAAGAGCUAAGGAAAGAGCUUGAGAAUGUUCAUGGUGGGAGUUAUGAUGCGAGAGCUGGCCUAGGUGAGCUGGCAAUGGUGGAUGGAGAGUUUUUUUAUGAGGAUUGGGGGGCGAGGUUUUCGUUCAAAAGAAAUGGUGGAAAGUAUGAGGGAAGAAACGAGAAGGUAGACGAGAGACUCAAAGCCUAUAAUCUCCUCCCCGAUACCCUCCACAAGACCUUAUCCGAAAUCGAGCAAACAUAA